UGCGCCUCCUACCUGGCCUCCUCCAGCUUCGACGCCACCACCUGCAUCUGGAAGAGGCAAGAAGACGGCUUCGAGUGCGUCACCACCCUGGAAGGACAUGAGAACGAGGUGAAGUCGGUGGCCUGGGCUCCCUCCGGUACACUGCUCGCCACCUGCAGCCGGGACAAGAGCGUCUGGGUCUGGGAAGUGGAUGAAGAGGAGGAGUACGAGUGCGUCAGCGUCCUCAACUCCCACACGCAGGAUGUCAAGCAUGUAGUUUGGCACCCCGACCAGGAGCUCUUGGCCUCGGCCAGCUACGACGACACGGUGAAGCUGUACCAUGAAGAGGAGGACGACUGGGUGUGCUGUGCCACGCUGGAGGGCCACGAGUCGACGGUGUGGAGUGUGGCCUUUGACCGUAGCGGCGAGCGCUUGGCUUCUUGCAGCGAUGACAAGACAGUCCGCAUCUGGCGCCAGUACAAGCCGGGCAACGAGGAAGGGGUGGCCUGCAGCGGCACCGAUCCCACCUGGAAGUGUGUCUGCAACCUCUCUGGCUACCACACCAGGACCAUUUACGACGUGGCGUGGUGCCACCUCACCGGCGCGUUGGCGACAGCCUGCGGCGACGACGCCAUCCGGGUCUUCGAGGAGAGCGCGUCCUCCGACCCACAGCAGCCCACCUUCAGCCUCGCCGCCCACGUCCCCCGGGCGCACUCGCAGGACGUCAACUGCGUGGCCUGGAACCCGAAGGAGCCGGGCUUGCUUGCUUCCUGCAGCGACGACGGCGAGAUCGCCUUCUGGAAGUACCAGCGCCCCGAAGUUUGUUGAGAGUUU